AUGAAUGCAUUCAUUAGUUUUACAAAGAAAUCGAUUAAAAGCAUGAAAUCGAAUGUUGGUAGUUCAAAUGCAGGCACUAAUAGUUCACCAAUCAUCUCAUUGAAUACUUCAGAAGAAAUCAAUGGUAAUAGAAUCAAAGAUAUUGAACAUGAAUUUGAAAGUUAUAGAAUUGCAAAAGAGAAUUUAGCAAUGGAAAAAGAUUUAGAAACCAAAAAGUUAAUAGAAAGUCAAAGAAUAGCAAAAUACAAGGGUUGCCGUUGCUCUACCACUAAAGGAGAAUAUUGCCAUUAUUGUGCCUUUGAUAACGAUUACUGGGGAAUUCAAUAUAUAGAAAGCCAAAAACUAGAAUAUGAUCAUAUAAUAGAUAGACACAGAUUAUAUGACAGACAAUGUUCCCAACAACACACAUUCAUAAGGGAACAAUGUGAGGAGAGGCUACAACUAUAUCAAUUUCAAAUAAAACAACAGCAAAGACUAGAUAUUCCAUUUCAGCAACAACUACAACUCGAACAACAACAAAGACUUCAUUUAAAACAACAUCAAGUUCUACAACAACAACAACUAGAUGAGAAACAGCACCAAAUAAUACAACAACAACUACAAUACCAAAGACAACAACAACAACAACUAUUUUACCAAGUAGAACAACAACAUCUACAAAAACUAGAACAAAAAAAACAACAACUACAACAACAACAACAACAACAAAAACGUUAUUUUUGCAGAUACUUUUAG